AGACCUUAGUUCGAGACUUGAGGGGUGGUGGACAUGGAGGCUGUACUGAACGAGCUGGUGUCUGGGGAGGAUCUGAAGAAUUUUGAAAGGAAAUUUCAGUCUGAGCAGGCAGCUGGCUCUGUUUCCAAAAGCACACAGUUUGAGUAUGCCUGGUGCCUGGUGCGAAGCAAAUACAAUGACGACAUCCGUAAAGGCAUCUUGCUCCUAGAGGAGCUGUUGCCCAAAGGGAGCAAAGAGGAACAGUGGGAUUAUGUCUUCUACCUGGCAGUGGGCAACUACCGUCUCAAGGAAUAUGAAAAAGCUUUAAAGUAUGUACGAGGACUGCUGCAGACUGAGCCCCAGAACAACCAGGCCAAGGAGCUGGAACGCCUCAUUGACAAGGCCAUGAAGAAAGAUGGACUAGGAGGCAUGGCCAUUGUUGGUGGCAUGGCCCUGGGUGUGGCGGGACUGGCUGGGGUCAUUGGACUAGCUGUCUCAAAGUCCAAAUCCUGAAGACAGCCUUAUCUGCUCUCU